AUGGCCUACACUUUAGGCUCGGCUCCGGAUGGUCAGACCCGCAGUGUCGGACCUCAGCACUGCGUCACUCGGGUGGAGCUGUCCGUCACCGCCACCAGCCUGCUGGACCGAGACGUAGCGUCCAAGUCGGAUCCGUUCUGCGUCCUCUUCCAUGAAGUGGAUGGAAACUGGGUGGAGCUCGGGCGCACUGAAACAGCUGUGAACAACCUGAACCCGGUGUUCGGGGUGAAGUUUCAGGUGGACUACCACUUUGAAGAAAUCCAGAAACUUCGCUUCGCCAUGUUCGAUGAGGACAAAUGUGCCACGCAGCUCUACGAACACGACUUCCUGGGAGAGUUCAUCUGCACGCUGGGAGUGAUUGUGUCCAAUAAGAAGCUUCACAGACCGUUGAUUUUAGCCAAUGGGAAGCCAGCUGGCAAAGGAUCCAUUAUGAUAACAGCACAGGAGCUGUCUGACAACAGAAUCAUCACUUUGACCCUGAGUGGGCGUAAACUGGAUAAGAAGGACUUUUUUGGGAAGUCAGACCCCUACCUGGAGUUCCACAAACAGGGAGAAGAUGGCAAAUGGAUGCUGGUGCACAGGACAGAGGUGAUAAAAAACACUCUAGAUCCGGCGUGGAAAUCUUUUACGGUGCCUCUCAUUUCGCUGUGCAACGGAGACGUGGACAGAAACAUCAAGGUCCUGUGCUACGACUACGACAACGACGGCGGCCACGACUUCAUCGGAGAGUUUCAAACCACAGUUACCAAGAUGAGCGAAGCCCAGAACUCUGUGGAGAUUACGAGAGACUACACAUUUCUGGAUUACAUACUGGGAGGAUGCCAGCUCAUGUUUACAGUCGGCAUAGACUUCACGGCGUCUAAUGGGAACCCCAGAGAGCCGUCCUCCCUCCAUUACAUCAACCCGCUGGGCAGCAACGAGUACCUGGCUGCCAUUUUAGCUGUGGGACAAAUCAUACAGGACUAUGAUACUGACAAAAUGUUUCCUGCUCUGGGAUUUGGAGCUCAACUCCCACCGGACUGGAAGGUGUCGCACGAAUUCGCCAUCAACUUCAACCCGACCAACCCUUUCUGUUGUGGUGUGGAAGGCAUCGCCCAGGCCUACUCCGCCUGCCUCCCUCACAUUCGCUUCUACGGACCGACGAACUUUGCUCCGAUCAUCAACCAUGUAGCACGUUUUGCUGCUCAGGCCCUUCAGCAGGAGAAGGCAGCGCAGUACUUCACGCUCCUCAUCAUCACAGACGGUGUCAUCAGCGACAUGGAUGAGACGCGCGACGCCAUCGUACAGGCAUCUAAGCUGCCCAUGUCCAUCAUUAUCAUCGGCGUGGGCAACGCAGACUUUGCUGCCAUGGAGUUCCUCGACGGAGACGCCAGCGUUUUGAGGUCCAGCACGGGAGAGGAGGCUGUUCGGGACAUCGUGCAGUUCGUCCCUUUCAGAGAUUUCCGUAAUGCACCCAAGGAGACCCUUGCCAAGUCAGUCCUGGCCGAGCUGCCUCAGCAGGUCACCCAGUACUUUAAACAGCGGAAUGUACCGCCGGCCAACCCGGCGCCGGAGUGA